GAAAUGUAUAAAAUUGAGCAAACUUACCGAGAAGUUCAAAUGAAUGAAGUUAACCUCUCUGGAUCAACACGACGUAUCAUCUACCAUCGCUUCUUUGCCUCCACUUUAUACCGAGUGAUAAUCUGAAAAAUGAAAUCACCCUUCCGAGUAAUACUCGUUGUUUUGGCAUGCGCAAGUCGUACAUGCUACGCUGACGUCCUUAACGACGUAGCAGAUGCAAUUGGGGAUGCUGACGUGAAGCUUGCCAAAGAGUUAAAAACAUUCCGGAAUAUUUUGGGUGCCCUGUCCCGCCAGGUGAUGUUGCAGCAGUUUUUUACCGAAGAAAGAAUCAGAUCUGAUGGCGACUCUGGUGUAAAGCAAGUACGUCUUGGGCACGAUGGCACGCGAAAUUACUACUCGGAAACGCACGGAUUUUCUAACAGGCUUCUAGCAAUUCACGAACACGCCAAUAAUAUUCGCACAGUUGGUUUAGGAGAAUUUAUUGGUGUUCUUAACGGAGUGGAAUUCAGGACCAGGCACAACGAUUACCGUCUCUUCAAGGCAAGUAAAAAAAGUACAGACUACCAUGCUACUGAAGAAAUUCCGUUUCCAGAAGUCCCACCAGAAGUCAAAAAUAAAGCUACGAUAGACGAACAAGUCGUUGAGAUGCGCGAAUGGUUCAAGGCGUGGAAAGAUCAAGAUUAUUCAGUUAGAGAUUACAGAAAGUACUUCAAGCCAGUACUCUGUUACCUGGAGGGAGCCUGGGGCACUGCAACCGAAGAUAUUGACGAACCUUUCGAGAGCGACCGACAUUUCAUUGACGCAACAUCCUGGUUUGACUUACAAGAGAAAGUUCGCUUUACCUCUUACACCGGAAGAAAAGACAAUCUGGAGAACUUUUCCUUUCUACCAACUACAAUUAUAGAUAUAAUCAAUGGCACCAUCCCCGUCUUUGCGCAAUGGAAUUAUCGGAUUCUGUGUCAUCCCUUAAGUCGAGACGUCCCACUCAACAGGUUUCGUAUGGUUGAUGAGCUGCAUUCAAGACUUCCCGCCGAACGGAAAUAUGAGCAACAGAUAAAUACCAGAGCAGCAAGAUUCCAACUCAAUCCCAAAGACUCCAACAAGUGGUCCGACGGAUUCAAUAAUAAUCCCAGAUUCACUUUGCUUGAUAAACUCAUGGGAGAGAUUCCUGGAAAGGACAACUAUGUCGGCAAUCUGACUGAUGAAGCAUUUAACCUGGCUGCCCAGAGUAUGAACCCCAAGAAACCAGGAAAACUGAACGCUGCUUACUACCAUCGACUGUUCAAAGUGCUGGAAAGAGACGCCAUGGGACAGUCUAUACGUCAUCGUGGUUAUUCAGAUGCAAACCUGUACGUGGCUAUGACCAGUCAACCAAAAGUAGCUGGAAUGAAACUGAAAACUUGCAAAGGACCAAAGAGGAAACCACGCUGCACAACGGUCUCCCAGAAGUACACGUACGCUAUUCCACUUGAAAUAAUCUACAUGACGCCCCUAAACAGAUGGAAUCCAUUCAAUCUUGAGUACAAAGGCUCAGAGAGAGAGGCGUAUGGAAAAACAGUAUUUCAAGGCGGUCGCUCUGGCGGAAUAACUCCCGAGAAGGCUUAUAAUGGUACCAACAGUAAGAAAUACUACCAGACACCCUCUGCAUUUUUCACAGGGCAGGAGAUCAGCACCGAUUCUGCAGACACAGCCAGAAACAGCGUUGGUGUUUUGGAAAGAGAUGGCAAAACCGUGCGGAUCUGUCGAGCAAGUGGAACGCGGAUCUUCUUUCCAGAUAUAAAAGGUGUUGGAGUCUUGCGUCAGCGUUAUCCCAUCAUGCCUAUCCAUGGAGAAGGCAGCGCCGUGUGGAAGGAACUUGAAGCAACGAAAGAUCUGCUCAUGAAAUCACAAUCCUACGGCUAUCUCUAUAGGGAACCAUUUGCAGGCUCUGGUGUUUUGCCAACGGCACCUACAGAUAGACCACUAACACUUCGAAUGGCAGACGCCACAAAGACUCCCCCAGGUCCUCACCAACAUGAAAUAACUUUGGAAGCUCAAGAAGUGAAAGAUGCAAAGACCGGAAGAAAGUCGUUCAGAAAGCUGACGACGACAGGAGCCGGACACCAACAUAGCAUUUUAGUUUCUUGGAGAAACAACAACUGGGAGAUACGACGGUGCGAUAGUUUCGACAAUGAACAGUACAAAUGCCGUGACCAACAUGGCAAGUACCUGAGUGAAGACAAAAGCGCGUAGUGGGACGUUAAGGUUUUGGCUUUCGGAGGCUGGAAACACCAUUAAUCUCUUACGAGGGCCCAGAUGAUUCUUUGCGAAAUCUGUGAUUUUUGUCGUAAUGAAGUAACCCAAUAGUCAAUAGCAGUGUAAGCAAUAUAUUUAAAGAUCAAACAAUUAAA